AUGUGGGAAUAUCUUGUUUUGAUAGUAGCAAUGAUACCUUAUUUACUAUAUAUAUUUAGUUGGUUAAAGAACUAUCAAUACUGGAAACAUAUUAUGGCAAUACCAGGACCAAAAUCUUAUCCUAUGGUGGGUACAAUGAUGCAACUGAUAUUUGACGAAGAUUACUUAUUUUAUAGCGAAGAGAAACGAUCUAAGUCAUUCUACCCGAUUUACAAACAUUGGAGUUUCACUUUAUCAGUAGUAUGUUUAAUAAAUGCAGAGGAUAUCGAAUUAGUUCUGAAUAAUAUAAAACAUAUUAAAAAAGGUCAAAUAUAUGAUUUUCUGCACGAAUGGCUUGGAACUGGAUUAUUAACAAGUAGUGGCAGCAAAUGGCAAAAUAGAAGAAAAAUUCGAACUCCAGCAUUUCACUUCAGUAUAUUACAGGAAUUUGUAAGCAUUUUUAACAGAGAAACUGAAAAAUUGGUAGAGGUUUUGGAGAGAGACUGUGAUAAACCAUACAUAAAUGUACUGAAACCAAUUACAGAAUUCACACUAUGCUCCCUGGGAGAGACCUCACUCGGCGUAGAUCUAAGCAAAGGCCAAACUUCGUACAAAGAAGCCGUAUUUAAUUUCGGCGUCAUAUUCAUGAAGAGACUAAUAAAACCUUGGUACCACAACGAAUUUGUCUAUAGUCUGUCUCCGUUAGCACGGGAGCAGCGAAAAGUAGUGAAAGUAUUACAUGAGCUAUCAACUAGAGUCAUAAGCGAACGAAAGAAAUUGUUUUCGGCCGAUGGUCAAAUAUCAUAUUCCGAUAGGAAACGUCUGGCUAUGCUGGACCUGAUGCUGAAGGCCAAGUGUGACGGAGCCGACAUAGAUGAAGAAGGUAUUAGAGAAGAGGUCGAUACGUUUAUGUUUGAGGGUCAUGACACUACUUCGAUGGCAAUAUGUUUUGCUCUGAUGGUACUUGCUAAUGAAGAAAAGAUUCAAGAAGAAAUAUUGAAAGAAGUUGAAGAAGUUCUCGGCCAUUCCGGGAAAUUGCCUACAUAUAACGACCUGGUUGAAUUGAAAUUUAUGGAAAGAUGUAUUAAAGAAUGUUUAAGACUGUAUCCGAGCGUACCUCUCAUCGCAAGAGUGGCUGGCGAAGAUAUCAAAACACACACCGGCUAUAUAAUACCCAAAGGAUGCGGCAUUAAUAUUUACAUUUAUGACUUACACCGAUCUUCAGAGUAUUGGGAAAACCCCGAAAAGUUUGAUCCCGACAGGUUCCUGCCGGAAAACGUUGCGAGAAGACAUCCCUUCGCUUAUUUACCCUUCAGCGCUGGAUUCAGGAAUUGUAUAGGUCAAAAAUUCGCUAUUUUGGAGAUAAUGGCUGCGCUAUGUGGGAUAUUAAGAAAGUUUAAACUAAAGGCCGUAGACACACCAAAACAGAUACAGUACAAACAUGAUAUAGUUUUAAGACCUGUUGGAGAAGUUCGAGUAAAAUUUGUUUUAAGAAAAUAAAUGUUUCUUCCUCUUACAUAUCUUUUUUGGUUAAGUUUAUUUUAUAUUACUUUUUUAAGAUGCCAUAAACUUACAUAGUUCUCAUAUAAUAUGCAGGGUGAUUCACAAAUUGGGACCAAAUAUGAAACCACGUAUUCUUUGGUGAAUUUUAAGGCGUCUUUCCUAUAAAGUUUUUAUCUAUCUUCAUUAAAAAGAUAC